AGUCUUUUCAGACGACAAAUUUGAAAGCCUCCCGAAACAGCUGAGUGCCUGGAAGAAAGUUUGAAGAUGGGAUGAAGGACAACAGGAGUGUAAGCGUAUCGAAAAGUGCUGCCCGGAUCUGAACACACCGAAGCGGUAGGAGCAACAGGUGUUCCAUGGCAGGAAUAUACCGGUAGCUUGUUUUGACGGCAAUGACUGUCCGCUACCGUCGACUUUGCAGAAUGAGUUAUAGAAAAUUGUUCACGGCGCUUCUCGGAGUUCUUCCUCUCCUGGCCAUUCAUCCGGUGAACGCGGCUAACUGCAAGGUUCGUGAGGGCACCUCAUGUGUUUGCGACAUGGAUGAUGGGAGUGGAUUUAUCAGCCUCAUGGACAUCAGCAACAACAACGGACCUAGUUCUAAACCAUUCUUUGAUAAUAUAAAGAAUAACAUAUACGAGUACUCAUUCAACCCGUGUACCGCCUACACGACGAACAAGUGCUCAAACAAUGUGGCCGUAUGUCAGACUAAUCAUGCUACGUGUGGACGUCAGCAAACCCAGUUUGAUAUGUCCACCAAUCCGCCCACAAUAACGUACCAGAACGGAGAUAAACUAAGUGGCCAUGCAAGAUUGUCCAUAUUCAAGUUAGUUUGUAACCAGGGUCAAGACCAUAAGCUAACCAUGGAUGGGGAGAAACCCUCGGGACAUUAUCAAUUCACACUCACGUCCAAGUAUGCAUGCGUUCAGAAACCAGCACCACCAGCCACCACACAACCGCCCCAGCCAGGUACCACACAAGCGCCGCAACCUCAGCCGACAACUGAAGGACCCGGGCCUCCACCAGCAGGCCCAACAUCUCCACAUCGUCACUCUGAGCAUAACUCCAUCAGCCUGGGCACCAUCAUGGAUGUGUGUCUCCUGUUGCUGGUUGUGACGUACUUGGCAGUCGGCAUGGCGUUUAUGUACGUGCGACGCGGUGCUCGAGGCAGGGAGGCUCUGCCUAACCUCACGUUCUGGAUGAUGGUGCCCGGCUUGAUCAAAGAAGGAGCUUUGUUCGUUUUUGAAAAAGUCAAAGGUCUGCGAGGCUUUCGGCGGGGUGGAUACGACGAGCUAUGAUAUGCCUGCCUUAGUUCCUACCUCGAGCUACUCCCCGACAACAUGUAUCAUGUAAUAUCGUGCAUGUGCUCUUUGCUCUCUGAAUGCCUUAGCUUGUAGUUAUGCUAUCUUCCCGGUGAAAAUAAACCUUCUUGAAAAUAUAACCUUCUUUGGAAAGCAUAGUUAGGCAACUAGUCAAUGUUCUGGUUUCGGUGAGAGCUAGUUGCAACCCAGCAACGACAAUCUUCACACGCAUAAUUGUAUUUUAUUAUAGGAAUUUAAUUAUUGCCCGGCACUUGACAUUUGAUUUUUGCUCAACUUAUUUCUAUUUCUCCCGAAUCUCAAUACAGAUUCAAAAUUGUCUCAUUCGUUUCAUUUUUUUCUUCCUUGAAAUGUGGGCUAGAGACGAUAGAAGCAUGUCAUGUCUGUAGAUGCGUUUAGUUUUAUCCACAUUACUGGACGAGAGAAUGUCAUAAUUGCUAUUCAUUGUCCACUCAUCCCGAAAUGCACGAUUGGCUCAUGCAUUAUUGAUUCGUAAGGUAGAAAAUAGCAACUAGGCUCAAUCAUCGACACACGCUCUUUAUACUGGUUCUGUACGAUACUUGAAUACCCGUGGUCUAAUGUCUGAUCAUUGGUGUUUUCAACCAUGAAACUCUGAGUUCAAACAAAAUUUAGCUUGUCCUUUCCUUUGGUUACCUCCUGUGUACUUGAAUCUCACCAUCUAAGGUUUUGAUCACUCUAGAAGGUUAGGGCGCACUGCCCACUUGUUAUUUGAAUUAUGUUGCCUUUGGUGGGGAACAUACUGUACGUCUGUAAUAGCCUUUGGUUGAUAUUUCUCGCGGUACAGUCAG